AUGUCUGACGAAAAUGAUACUCUACAGGAAGAAUUCUAUUCUGGUUCAGAUUUAGCCUUGCCUAUUUCUGCUCGAUUUUGGCUUUAUCUUAUUCCAAAUGUAUUAUCUAUUUUAUGUUCCUUUUUCGUUCUUCAUCAUCUUUUAUUUCAUCGAAAUCGUCGUCAAGCUUUGCAUAAUCAUGUAUUCAUUGUUCUUCUAUUCAUUGGUCUCCUAUUUGAACUAAUAGAUAUUCCAUUAACUCUUCAUUACUAUCGUUUUGGUGAUUCUUGGCAAUUAACGCCUAGUGUUUCUCUAUUCUGGACAUACAUUGAUUUUGCAUUGUAUACGGCACAAAUAAUUAUUUUUGCAUGGGCUACAAUUGAAAGGCAUAUAAUUACAUUUGAAUUUCAGUGGAUAUCAACAAAAAAGAAACGUUUUUUUAUCCAUUAUCUACCACUAGUUACACUUCUCAUGUAUGUCUUUAUCUAUUGUUGUUUUAUCAUUUAUUUUCCACCAUGCAAACAGUUGUAUUAUCAUUCGUAUAUCAACGGUGUUCCUAUUCCUUGUAUAAUUGAAAAGACAAUUAUCGGCAAAUUCGAUCUUAUAUGUCAUCAAAUUAUUCCAACGUUUGUUAUUGUUAUUUUUAGUAUUGCUCUUUGUUUUCGCAUUUUAUAUGAAAAAAGUCGUUUGAAUCGAUCGAUUCAAUGGCGAAAACAACGAAAAAUGGCAACUCAAUUAUUAAAUACUUCAAUGCUCUAUUUUAUCUUCAAUUUUCCAUGGACAUUAAUUGAUCUAUCCUAUGAAAUAGGUUUAUCAGUCGAUUAUAUAAUUAGAAUUAGAUCUUAUGCCUAUUAUUUCUCGUGUUACAUAAUAUUUUUAUUUCCAUUUGUUUGUUGUGGAUCAUUGUCGAAACUUCGGAAGAAAGUGAAAAAAUUUCUUUGUGGUCAACGAAACCAAAGAAUAGUUGGUCCUCAAUCCAUAGCUAUGAGACAUAUGCUAAGAACUCGAUUUGAUCAAAAUGAAUCUACUAUCCAUUAG